AUGCAGACCCCGUCGAAGAACAUCAACAAGAUCUCGGACCGUCAGGUGCGGGUGAUAGUUGAGCGCGUGAAGGACUCCGUCGAGAAACAACUCCUGGUGUUGGACUUCUUGGACAACCUUGAAGGCAAGACGCCUGUGAAGCCGACGAAGAGUCGCAGCAAAGAGGUUUGCGCCACCGACCCCGAGUACGACUCCGACGAGCCCGGCUUUGACAUCGAUGACAAAGAAGAGCUUAAUCGACAUGCCAUGAAGUACUCCGGUUGGCGGAAAAGCUUGUGCCUCGAGCUCCUUUCCUAUGUCGAGCCCAACAUGUUCCAUCCUGCGAAGAAAACGAAGCUGGACUCUGCUACUCUUGCAAAGCAAUUGAUGGAGUUUGGCUUCGGGCUCGUGGUCUUGGACGAGAAAGCAUCGGACAAGCCCAUGACGAAAGUGAAGAAAGAGGCUUUCGAGCGGCUACGAUCCGUGUACAUCUCACUCGGUAAGCGGUUCCGCAACCUUGAGCUCGCUUCCGACAAGGGCUUCUCCGUGGAUUGGAGCAAGCACGGCAUCUACAAAGUGGAGCACCUGAAGGAGAACGACGACGAGUACGUGCAGCUCACGGACAAGUUUGCCGCCAAGAAGGUGGUCUUGCCGAACGACCUUGUGGAGGGCAUCAAGCUGGACUAUUUCACCAACGACAAGAUCAAUUGCAAUUGGUCGCAGCUUGCAGCCGUCCUUGUGUUUCCCAAUGGCGAGACGUUGGAGUGCCACACCCUGUUCCCGAAGUUGAAGAGGACCUUGACGAAACAACUCAGUCUGGAACACAAAGUUGCUGAGGCUCGCCCUACAACCUCGCCGCUCAGCGUCGACGGAGUUGGUGAUGCACAGCCCGCCAAGAAAGCUGCUCGUGUUUCUGCUUCGCGGCAGGUGGUCGAGAAGCCUCGUGACCCGGAGAUGAUUUCUACGCCUUCGCCUACCUUGCCACGCGCAGGAAGCAUUUCGCAAAGCAAGCUUUCGUUUUCCGUCCCAGAGCCACCAGCGAGCCUCAAGGCCAGUGCUGCAGCUACUACGGCUUUUCUGGGUUCACAGCGCAGCGAUGCCCCCGUGAAUCUGGAGGACAGUGAUGCCGAUGGUUCCGCGACUGAGGUCGAGCCCUGA